CAUAAACACCGUUCUAGUAUGACAUGCAGUAAUACCAUAGAUGCAAAGAAGUGUUUACUGAAUCAUAAACAGCACACUAUAACUAACGUACUUACUUUAUCAUGGAUGUAGACUAAAGCUAAUGCAGAGAUUCAUCACAAACUACUCAGGCCAAAAUUUCUCCGGGAUCAACGAGGAGAUCGUGUGGAUGUCCAUAGGGUUGGCCGUGACGAUCGCUAUCCUUAUCACGAUGGCACUGUGUUACCUGCUACACCAGAACUGCAAGAAGCGACACGAGCACGGGUGGCACGCGUGACACAGGCCCCUGCC